AUGGCAGUCAGGGCACUUCUUGUAGUAUGCAUUGCGCUCCUCAUUGCGACUUCCGCGCUAGCUCAGCGUGGUCCGCCUGGCGGAGGCCCUCCCGGAGGCCAGCAGCCCGGAGGGGCGCGCGGAGGACCUGGCGGGCCUGGCGGACCCGGCGGACCCGGCGGGCCUGGCGGGCCUGGCGGACCUGAUGGCCCGCGCGGUCCUCCGCUGAACUUGACCGUCGUCGGCAAUCUGACGGGGGACGUUGGUGCGCGAUUGGCUAAUUGCUCCGCGGAUCCAACGUUUCUCGACGGCCGCUUUCACCUCGCCAUCUUCAAGAACGCGAGCGGAAAUUACAACCUGGCGGUCGACGCGCUCCUCGUAGGCGCCACGGGCGGGCCGCCCGACUCCCUCGCGAUCGUGCAGGGCGCCGUCUGCGACUCUUCCGCCUCUGCCGCCGCGGUUCUCUCGUUGCCUGUGGCGGCAUCUGACUGGCAGCAGCGCGACGGCUGGUGGCUGCUGCACGCGGAGGCGCGGCUCGAUGCGUUCCUCGAAAACGCGGACGCCGCCACCGUCGACGCGCUCCUCGCGCUCCUCCCCAACGCGACGCUCCCUUCGGCACGCGGCGGCGGCCGCGGCAGUGGUUCUGCAGGCGGCUUCCCAGGCGCUGGGGGUGCCGGGGGGAUGAUGGGGGGUGGCGGGGUGAAUGCGACUGUGAGUGGGUAUGCCGUGUUGGCCACUGCCACUGCGGGGGGUGUGACGUGGGGCGGCCAGCUCAUGGGCGUCAAACUGCCCUCCGUCGGCGCCUGA